GGCAACUGCCCCAAUACUUAUAACUCUCACACAAUCAACAACAUGUCAUUCAGAGACCCAGCUACCGCUUUAGAACACUUGAAAACUUAUGACCGUAAAGAUGGUUUAAGUGUCCAUGAAUUGAUGGAUUCUGUUGCUAGAGGUGGUUUAACUUACAAUGAUUUGUUAGUUUUACCAGGUAAAAUUGAUUUCCCAUCAAGUGUUGUUUCUUUAGAAUCAAAAUUGACCAAGAAAAUCACUUUAAAGACUCCAUUUGUUUCAUCUCCUAUGGAUACUGUCACCGAAUCUGAAAUGGCUAUUCAUAUGGCUUUAUUAGGUGGUAUUGGUAUUAUUCAUCAUAACUGUACCGCUGAAGAUCAAGCUGAAAUGGUUAAGAAAGUUAAGAAAUACGAAAAUGGUUUCAUUAACGAUCCAAUCGUCUUAAGUCCAAACCAAACCAUUGGUGAAGUUAAAGCUUUGAAACAACAAUUAGGUUUUGCUGGUUUCCCAGUUACUGAAAGUGGUAAAGUCCCAGGUAAAUUAGUUGGUAUCUUAACUUCUCGUGAUAUUCAAUUCCAUGAAGAAGAUGAUUCAAAAGUUUCUGAUGUUAUGACUACUGAUUUAGUUACUGGUCAAAAAGGUGUUACUUUAUCAGAAGCUAACGAAAUCUUGAGAAAAUCUAAAAAAGGUAAAUUACCAAUUGUUGACUCUGAAGGUAACUUGGUUUCUUUAUUAUCAAGAACUGAUUUACAAAAAAACUUGAACUAUCCAAAUGCUUCUAAAUCCGCCACUUCAAAACAAUUAUUAUGUGGUGCUGCUAUUGGUACUUUAGAUGCUGAUAGAGAACGUUUACAAAAAUUGGUUGAAGCUGGUUUAGACGUUGUUGUUUUAGAUUCUUCUCAAGGUAACUCUGUUUUCCAAUUGAAUAUGAUCAAAUACAUCAAGGAAACUUUCCCAGAAUUACAAGUUAUCGCUGGUAACGUUGUUACUAGAGAACAAGCUGCUUCUUUAAUCGCUGCAGGUGCUGAUGGUUUAAGAAUUGGUAUGGGUUCAGGUUCCAUCUGUAUUACUCAAGAAGUUAUGGCUUGUGGUAGACCUCAAGGUACCGCUGUUUAUGGUGUCACUCAAUUUGCUAACCAAUUUGGUGUCCCAUGUAUUGCUGAUGGUGGUAUCCAAAACAUUGGUCAUAUCACUAAAGCUGUUGCCUUAGGUGCUUCUUGUGUUAUGAUGGGUGGUAUGUUGGCUGGUACUACUGAAUCUCCAGGUGAUUACUUUUACCGUGAUGGUAAACGUUUAAAAGCUUACAGAGGUAUGGGUUCUAUUGAAGCUAUGCAAAAAACCGAUGUUCAAGGUAAUGCUUCCACUUCAAGAUAUUUCUCAGAAUCUGAUGCUGUCUUUGUUGCUCAAGGUGUUUCAGGUUCAGUCGUUGAUAAAGGUUCAAUCAAGAAAUAUAUUCCAUACUUGUACAAUGGUUUACAACAUUCUUGUCAAGAUAUUGGUGUUAAAUCUGUUGAAGAAUUGAAAAAACAAACCAAUGACGGUGAAGUUAGAUUUGAAUACAGAACUCCAUCAUCACAAUUAGAAGGUGGUGUUCAUUCAUUACAUUCUUAUGAAAAACGUUUAUUCAACUAGGUUGUUUGAGUAUUCAUCUAGAUCAUAUUGAGCAUAUCUUGUGUUUUUUCUAUGUCCAUUUUUUUGUUUGUUGAUGUGUGAAAAGUUAUAAAAGUUCUUCAUGACUUUAAUGACUUGUACAUAUAUUAUUAUUAUUGAAUUUUUUGGUGUUUUAGUUUGUGUUUUUAUUUGUAAUUUCUAAUAGAAUAGAUAGUUUGGG